UAACCGCUUCUUCCCAUACCCUCAUUUUUACCAUUACUUUUAUCUCCUUUUCUUCGUUUGGGUGGAAACAAAGUUGAAGAUGGAACAGUUGCACUCCUAUUAAGCAAAGAAAAGAUGUCUGCAGAUGCCAAAACAACCUUGGUGUUCAUUCCAUUCCCUGUAAUGAGCCACCUGGUGUCAGCAGUUGACACUGCCAAGCUCCUCGCCGAUCGAAACGACCGCCUCUCCAUCACCAUCCUACUUAUGAAACUUCCCAUGGACACCAAGAUCAGUUCCUACACUAACAAUUCGCCCCACCCUCGGAUCAACUUCCUACACCUGCAAGAAAACAAUUCCAUCACAUCAGGGUUGAUCGGAGCCAAGAACCAUACGCUUCUGUUCUUGGAGAGCCAGAAGGGUCUGGCCAGAGAUGCAGUGGUGGAGAUGAUGGAGAGCCAGAAAGGGAGACUUGCUGGUUUCGUGCUCGACAUGUUCUGCACUCCCAUGAUUGAUGUGGCUAAUGAGCUCUGCGCCCCGGCUUACAUCUUCUUCCCCAGUGGAUCAGCUCCUCUUGGGCUUAUGUUGCACCUCCAGAGCUUGAGAGAUGAUCAUGGCAAAAACUUGAAAGAGUACGAGGAUUCCGAUGUGGAGAUCUCUAUUCCGACUUAUGUUAAUCCAGUACCUGCAAAAGUGUGGCCUGCUAGAGUAUUCGACAAGGAGACUGGUUUUCUAGAUUUUAUCAGAAGAUACAGAGAGAGCAGAGGGAUCAUCGUCAACACCUUUCUUGAAUUCGAGCACCACGCAAUUAGCUCGCUCUCUGCUGAUCCCAGAAUUCCACCUGUUUAUCCAUUAGGGCCGAUGAUUCAAGGGGGAGGUGAAGAAACUGAUGAGAACAAGAGGAAGCGUGAGGAGAUCAUCGCGUGGCUGGACGAGCAGCCCCAUUCAUCAGUCGUGUUUCUCUGCUUUGGCACCAAUGGAAGUUUUGAGGGCGAUCAGGUGAAGGAAAUUGCUACUGCGCUGGAGCAGAGUGGAGUCCGGUUUCUGUGGUCGUUGAGAAAGCCACCUCCUGAAGGUACAAUUGAGUUUCCAGGGGAAUAUGAGGACCCUGAACAAGUAUUGCCUGAAGGGUUCCUCAGAACUACUAAUGGAAUCGGGAAGGUGAUCGGGUGGGCACCCCAGAUGGCUGUGCUGUCUCACCCUGCUGUGGGAGUAUUUGUGUCGCACUGUGGGUGGAACUCGAUUCUGGAAAGUGUGUGGUGCGGAGUGCCUGUAGCAGCAUGGCCGCUGUUUGCAGAGCAGCAGGCCAAUGCAUUCCAGCUAGUCAAAGAGUAUGAAAUGGCCGUUGAGAUCAAGAUUGACUACAGGAAGGAUAGUGGUGUGAUUGUGUCUGCAGGAACGAUAGAGAGUGCAAUUAGGCAGCUGAUGGACCCAGAAAACAAGAUCCGACUGAAGGUGAAAGAGCUGCAUGACAAGAGCAGAGUGGCCCUUGUGGAAGGAGGCUCAUCUUAUAACUUCUUAGGCCGUCUACUCGAUAAUGUCAUGGAUAACACUCAUUGAUGUGUAGCCUGUCCGGUGAAGCGAACCUACUAGAUUGAGAGUUCUCAAUAAUAGCAUUUGCAAGAAGCUACACAUAUGAAUUGUAUUAGAAUUGUAUUAGGUUCAUUGAAUUGGAUAAUGUCCUGAAUCCCAGUCUUGGUUCUCUACACUGUGUUAGUCAUUGUAUUAGGAGUAUAUACAUAUGAACUGAAUGAAUUUUGGAUUUGGGGAA